UGAAGGCUCUCAAAAUGAUCAAAUGUCUUUCUUGCUACAAUGUAUUAUCCUACUUUAAAUUCAUCUCAACCCCUCACAUACUUCUUCCCUCUUCCUAACGCCCUCUUGAGCUCCACAGACUCCCAUCCCUUCCAACUCAACACCAAGGCCCUUCACUUAGAAACAAGCCCAUAAUGAAGGUCUUCCCCUUCCUGCUGCUCUUCCUCGCAACUCUCGUCUCCUCCUCAAUCCUGCCGGGCUUUAUUCACAAGGACGAGAAUGACACUGAGAAUGCGUCUGUCUUGCAUGAAGACUUCCCCUCCACCACCACCAGCAGCUCCCGCAGCAUAUCCGCCCUCGACGCAGAAGGCUUCUUCGACGAAGAACCCGACACCCACACCGAAAUUGACCCCGCCAAAGUCAAAGUCACCAAUCCAAUCGAGAUCUAUAAGAUGUGCAAGGCUAAGAAAGACUGCCCCGGCGCCUGGCUCUACUCUAAUGGCCGCUGCGUGCAUCCUGAGAUCGAGGAGAUGCGCAGGCGCGGUGGAUUCAGGGAUCAUCCGUUGUUUGAGCGGGCGAGACGGCUUUUCUAUUAGUGAUGAAGUAACACUCCUUGGGUCGAGACAGUGUUGGGGCUUCUUUGGCUCUCGUUGAGGUUGGGUGGUGUGGUGGGACGGAGUGUUGUUUGGCUUGGUUGCUCUUCUUUCUUCCUCCC